AUGCUGUGGCCUGUUCUCACAUUCAUCGGCCUUCUUCUGCGGCAAGGCUUGGCCUACGACUCAGGAUAUUGGACACCAUCAACAACUUCAUAUUGGACGCCGACAACCACUUCAUAUUGGUCGUACUACACACCCUCAACGACCUAUGUAACGAGCUACACGCAAGCAAACGUCAUCGUCACAGUAACCUCGAUCUUGCCCUGUCCUGUGACCUCGACGGUCGUAUAUUGGGAAUGCUGCGACCAAUGUGAAAACAACUGUUACAAUCCUCCGACAACAUAUCAACCGAGUACCUGGGUUGGAACGACAACGGUGACUUCUUAUACAACCACUACUCCGGCAGCUCAGGCCGUACAGACGAUCACGAGUAACGGACUGGUGAUUGUCAUGGUGGACUCGACGGCGGUAUCUCAAUCGGCGACCCCCAGUGUGGUCUACGAAGUUAGCAGCGAAGCAGGGCCGCUGCAAGAGGGCAUCAUGUCGAGCUUUGUGCCGAUGGGUAUACUACUGGCGGCCAUUGCGACGAUUAUGAUAAUGUUAUAA